AUGUUAGGUGAAGAGGUUGGGAACUUCAUCAGCUCCUACAAGCUACCUUACAACCUACAGCAGUCCCAUGAGUGUCCAGUCAUGGUGUGUCGGGGACUUCUCUUGCUGCUGGUGGUGUUGACGUGUGUGAUGGAGAGUACUGCCAAAGAGAGCAAACCCAAGAAGGGCAAAAAGGGCAAGCAAGUCAUCUGCCCCUCACAGUUAUCUGCGGAAGACAUUGCAAGAGUUCCAGCCAAUUCAACCAGCAAUAUCCUCAACCGCUUACUGAUGACCUAUGACCCCAGAAUCCGACCCAAUUUCAAAGGCAUUCCUGUUGAGGAUAAAGUGAAUAUCUUCAUAAACAGCUUUGGAUCCAUCCAGGAGACCACAAUGGAUUACCGGGUGAACAUAUUCCUCCGUCAACGCUGGAACGACCCACGACUAAAACUUCCGGCCGACUUUAAAUCGGACGCUCUGACUGUCGACCCGAAGAUGUUCCAGUGUCUUUGGAAACCUGACCUCUUUUUCGCUAACGAGAAGAACGCAAACUUUCACGACGUCACUCAAGAGAACAUCCUCCUUUUCAUCUUUCGCAACGGAGAUGUUCUCAUCAGUAUGAGGUUGUCUGUUACCCUGUCCUGCCCUCUGGAUCUCACUCUGUUUCCAAUGGACACUCAACUCUGCAAAAUACAACUGGAGAGCUUUGGCUACACAACAAAGGACCUGGUGUUUAUGUGGCAGUCAGGGGAUCCAGUUCAGAUGGAUGAGAUUGCCCUGCCUCAGUUUGAUGUCAAACAGGAAGAUAUUGAAUACGGCAACUGUACCAAAUUCUACCCCGGAACAGGUUACUAUACUUGUGUGGAGGUGAUCUUUACAUUGCGGAGGCAAGUGGGUUUUUAUAUGAUGGGCGUAUACGCCCCUACUCUUCUCAUUGUCGUUCUCUCCUGGCUGUCCUUCUGGAUCAACCCUGAUGCCAGUGCAGCGCGCGUGCCCUUAGGCAUCCUGUCUGUUCUCUCUCUGUCAUCAGAGUGUACGUCCCUGGCCUCCGAGCUGCCGAAGGUCUCCUAUGUUAAAGCCAUUGAUAUCUGGAUGAUCGCAUGUCUUCUGUUUGGCUUUGCCUCACUGGUGGAGUACGCUGUUGUACAGGUGAUGUUGAACAGUCCAAAGCGCAUAGAGGCAGAGAAGGCAAAAAUGGCUCAGAAGGAUAAAGAGAGAGAGAAAGAGGGAAAAACUCCAGCUAAAACCAACACUGUCAACGGGACAGGAGGAACUCCUAUUCACGUCAGCACAUUACAGGUGGUGGAGACUCGUUGUAAGAAAGUGUGCACCUCCAAGUCAGACCUGCGUUCUAACGACUUCAGCAUCGUGGGCUCGCUUCCGCGGGAUUUCGAACUCUCUAACUUCGAUUGCUACGGCAAGCCGAUCGAGGUCGGAAACGCUCUUGGGAAAUCACAGAGCAAGAACAACAAGAAGCCGCCCCCUGCCAAACCGGUCAUUCCCUCUGCAGCUAAGCGCAUUGACCUCUACUCACGAGCCCUGUUUCCCUUCUCCUUUCUCUUCUUCAACGUCAUCUACUGGUCUGUCUACCUGUGA